AUGAAUAAUGUAGGACAUUAUUUACUUAAUUUUGUUAUUUCUUUUUUUUUCUAUUUCCUCUUUUCUCUCUCUUCUCUUUUCCUCUUUUCCUCUUUUUCUCUUUUCCUCUUUUCCUCUUUUCUCUCUCUUCUCUUUCUUUUUUCUCUUUUUCUCUUUUUUCUCUUUUUUCUCUUUUUCUCUUUUUUCUCUUUUUUCUCUUUUUCUCUUUCUUUUUUCUUUUUCUCUUUCUUUUUUCCUUUCUUCUCUUUCUUUUUUCCUUUCUUCUCUUUCUUUUUUCCUUUCUUUCUUUCUUUUUUUUUCCUUUUCUCUUUUUUCUUUUUUUCCUUUCUUUCUUUCUUUUUCCUUUCUUCUCUUUCUUUUUCCUUUCUUCUCUUUUCUUUCUUCUCUUUCUUUUCCUUUUUUUCUCUUUCUUUUUUCCUUUCUUCUCUUUUUUUCCUUUCUUUCUUUCUUUCCUUUCUUUCUUUUUCCUUUCUUCUCUUUCUUUUUUCCUUUCUUCUCUUUCUUUUUUCCUUUCUUCUCUUUCUUUUUUCCUUUCUUCUCUUUCUUUUUUCCUUUCUUCUCUUUCUUUUUUCCUUUCUUCUCUUUCUUUUUUCCUUUCUUCUCUUUCUUUUUUCCUUUCUUCUUUUUUUAUUUCUUCUCUUUCUUUUUCCCUUUCUUCUUUUUCCUUUCUUCUCUUUUUUUUCCUUUUUCUCAUUUCUUUUUCUCUUCAACUUUUUAUUGCAUUUCUUUCUUUUUACCAUUUUUCAUUUGUGUUUCCUUUUCUCAACUGUUGUUGUUCCUUGA